GAUCCCGCCGCGAUCCUGCCGCGCCCCUGCGCGCCCGCGGCCGGAGCAGCGGGGACAGCGGAACAGCAUGGUGGUGCGGCCGCUGCUGCGCGCCGUCAUCAUGGGGCCGCCGGGCUCCGGGAAAGGCACCAUCUCCGCUCGGAUUAUCAAGCACUUCGGCGUGAAGCAUCUCUCCAGCGGCGACCUGCUGAGGGACAACAUGCAGAAGAAGACAGGUCUAGCUUGGCCUCUGGCCUCAGCUGAGAUACCACAGUCCCUCUCUCUGGUGGAUUUUUGCAAUAUGGAAGGUUCCCUCCUGACUUCCACAUCUGCUUUUCUAUAUGGUGGGGUGAAAAGCCUUGUAAGAACCAUCUCAGGCUGUACAACUUCAAGCUGUAGAAUAUUCCAUUCACUUGUACCACAGAGCACCAGAAUCAUGAUAAAGGUUGUGCGAGAAGAGGAAAUUCCAAGUGGAAAUAUCAUAUUGCUUGAAUUGAGCUGGGAGCCUGAAGUGAUGCAGAGAAGUGAUUAUGCAAAGAAUUCUAGGUGGGUUGGACAGAGGAAGGAGAGCAAACAUGUGAAAUGGAAGUUUAGCAGAGACAUUAAAAACCAGAAUAUAAGGAAAGAAGUCAGCGGACAGCUUAAGAGGUGAAGUUUGCUCUAAAUUAGCUACAGCAGAAUUUACCAGAAUCUGCUACAGAGUUUAUCAUUCACUAGUAAACCUAGAUGAAACUCUAUUGCAAUUUCAUUGAAAGUCAGUCACUAGUUUCAGAAAUGGUUCCAGAGGGUUGACAUGAAGUGUGAGGUAGGAGGACUAGGUAGUACACUGAAAAUAGGAGACCAACUGAGAGGCAACUCAGACAGCCUAGACAAAUGCAGUCAAGGCAAAGAUCCAUGAGUUUUGACAACAACAGAAGAGUCCUGCAAUUUCUAGUUCUUUGGGAAAGGAGUUACACUAAGAUGGGCAGUUAAAGCCCUUGGAAAAUUAGAUAUAGCUAAUAGUAGUUUUAUGGUGCAGAUUUUCUAUUUGCUGUCUUGUGAAAAUGGACAUUGUUGAAAAGUCCUGUUGAAGAUGAGUGUUCUUAUCAUUCUGCAGUUAUUAUCAUGUUCUUUUGGACAGUGGAGAGUCUGUGACCACUUCUCUAAUGCUAAGGUAAUUAUUGUCUGGUUAUGGCUAGAGCUUGACUGCUGUAAUGUGGUUAGAACCUGCUGAUCCUUUGUAAAGCCAUGGAACAUGGAUACCUGUCAUCACCUACAAAGAAAAGAAACCUGUGUUACCUGUAAUUCUGAAGAUUGCCAUGCCUUUAUGGUUUCAGAUCCAACCUGUAAAAAACCCUAAACCAAAUAAAACCUACAAAACCCCAUGAAAUCCCACUCCCAAUAGCAGGAGUGGGGAGGGGGAACCUGCUCUGAGCUAGUGCAUAUAGAUGACUAUUUGGGUAUGGUUCUGCCUAUUUUUUCCCCUCUGUAAUAGCGACUUUCUAAAUUAUCUGAGUUCGUAAAGGGAGGCAAAAGGCAGUGUUUUUCAAGCUCUGUUGGUCUAAUAAUGGCUUGCCAUAUUCUAAACAUUUCUGGGCCCAAAAACUCAUGAAUCUUUCUAAAGUAAGUUAGAAUUGCUCCCUGUGAACCUUGUCUUGCAAAUAUUUUUAGAUUCUUGUGGCUAGAGCAAUGCUGCAACAUAAAUCAGUAGCAGAGCCAAGCAUCAAGUACACAUUAAACUAUCUAGACAUGAUUUAUUUCUUCUCUCAACCCACUUUUUCAGGGUACAUGGUUCAAAGCACACCAGAAUAAUAAAAAAAGAUAUGAAGAAGGGAGGUAGGGAAGAGACACUUUGUACACAGACAGACAGUCAUCUUCUUUCCAGUUUGUGAUGUGCUGGAGGACUCAGGCACCACAGUCUGACUCUUUUCCAUAUAGUGAGCACGUUUUGAAGUCUGGACAAAGUGCACAGUGCCUAUUUCUAAAUGGUCUUUGUACUUUUCAAAGCCUGACUACAGAUGUGAACAGCCAGGAAGGGAAAAUUGUUCUUUUAUUUUUUUUUUCUCAUCACCAAAUGCAAAUCCUAUUUGCAUUAUUUGGGGUAUGUACUGCUUUUCAGUUGCCUCACCUGAAGAAGGGCCUCUGUCCUGUUGUACAUUUCAUCCACUGAGUGAUGGGUCUGGCUUUCUGCUGACAGUGGUCAUAUCUGCCUGGGUAUCUCCAUCCAUCUCAUUCUCUCUUUAGUUUUCUGUAACUAGACCUUAACUGGUUGCAAGUAAAGGCUUCUGCAGACCCACAAUAAAACCAGUCUAGCUGCAAUUCUGGGUUAUGUAACAGAAUUGGGUAAUUGCUUUAUAAAUUAAAGAUAUGGCAACUUUGUGCCUAGGACGCAACCCAGGCAACUGAGUUUCUUCCAGGCUAUAUGCAUGAUUUGGGUGAACUACAGCAUGCUACUGCCUGCCAUGUAGGAGCAUAGUGUGAUAGCUGGAACGACAAUGCGUGGAUGGGAUUUUAGUGAGCCAGUGCGAUAAAUGACUGGUACUAAAUGUUAGUCAGUUCCAUGGGAAAAUACUAGUGUCUGUAUACUCCCAUAAAUAGUGUAUACUAUCUAUAAACACCCUCUUGCCACUCUAGUAAUCAUAAAAAUACAUAUCUGGCAAGCAUGUCCCACUGCAUACUGUCAAAGGCAUUUAUGUUUGUAAUGAAGCCUAAGUGUAAGUUAAUAACUGGCCACUAAGCUAAGAAAAUAAACUUUUUUUUCAGGAAGUCUGAAGGCUCAUAUCUUAAUAAACUUGUUUCCUUUCUAUUUUUUAUUUUGAAGACUCUUGGUUAACGGCCUCUCCUCACUUUAGUUUUUAGAACUUCAUAUUUCAAAUACAUACUAGUAAAUUUACUCAGAGGGUGUGUGUUUUG